UGACAGACCAUGAGAUUGAGCUUGUCAUAAAGGAUGGAGGUCACGUGCAAGGGGUGUGCAGCGAAGGAUGUCAGCAAUGCUUCACCUCCCUUCCCCCGCUCCUCUCUUCUCCUCCUAAUCAAGGACUGAGAUGCUGCACAGCACAAAAGAGAAGGAAGCAUUGCACAGCGAAUGCAAAACAUCAUCGCUGUAUGGCAUAGAGAAUGAAAAGCUGCAAGAGAACAAGGAGGAGGGGAUUUUUUGCCUAGCAACGCGAGAAAGCCAUAAACCAGUUUCAUCUGUUCUGCAUCCUACCAUCCAUCCUGGUCACAAGAGAAGCUGCUGUGAUCACAAUUAAAAAUGAGGACACACCUAAAACGACUGGAAUAAGCAGACGUCAACCGUAAAUUUCUAUGAAGGAAGUCUGGCUACAAAUCAUGGACCAGAAAGAAAGGAGCCAUUAAAGGUUUCACUACCUCUGCUUUUCUUGUUUACUCGGGAUCUGUCAGCAGCCCCUCAUGAUCGACGGCGAAGAACCGAGAGAUUUAUACAGUCCACUAAGCAAAACGUGAAAAAUCUGCAAUGCAGAAUUGAUAAGGUUGCCCACAGGCAUUUCGUUGGUUUCGCUGGUCAUGCUACAGCUUCACAUCUGCUGCUUCAUUAAGAGUGCGAAUGCUGGGCAGCACCGAAUAAAACCAUGCGGUUGAAUCACAGACGUUGCUGCACGCAUGUCACCUUUCUCUUCAUUUUGCUCGUGUGUAUAGGAGGGCUCGUCGUUCUGGGCUACUGGUGGCCUUGCCAGACGAACCACAGGGUGAAACCGGUUAUGUUGGCUGCUCGAGGGGUGCACAUCCUAAAAACAGGCUCCAAUUCGAGCGCAACAAAACUUAAAAAGUGGAAAGAAGUUGAGACGCCCCAUGUACGCUUGAUGUCGGAGGUAAAUUUCAGUUCAUCUUCAGAUGAAGGAUCGCAGCAGGGCUUGGCAAACUCCUUGGGUUUGGACAUCAGUUUAAGCGGGGAGAUGAGAAUGGAAAAAACACUUAAAGUCGAGCCGUACAAGUACGUCCGUAAUGAGCCAAACGCAUGUCUACAGCAAGAUCCAUUCUUAGUGCUUCUGAUUGCAGUCGAACCCAAGCGAGAGGACGCCAGGAACGCUAUCAGGAAAACGUGGGGCAAUGAGAGCGUGGCUGACGGCUUAGGUUUUGUGCGUCUUUUUCUGAUGGGUUUACAGGAAGACAAACUGCAGCGCACAAUUGAAGCUGAAAGUAAUCAGUACCAUGACAUAAUCCAGCAAGAAUACAUGGACACUUACCAGAACCUUACAAUCAAAACUCUCAUGGGGAUGUACUGGGUGGCAACGUACUGUCCUAAGGCAAACUACGUUAUGAAGACGGACAGCGACGUGUUUGUCAACACUGAAUACCUCAUACAUAAACUCCUGAAGCCCAAGGGGCUACCAAGACGAAAGUACUUCACGGGGCAUCUAAUGAGAGGCCACGGCCCAAUCCGAAACAAGCGUAGCAAAUGGUACAUGUCACCAGAACUGUACCCGAGCGAGCGAUACCCUACAUUUUGUUCCGGGACAGGAUAUGUGUUCUCUGGUGACAUGGCCCAAAGGAUCUAUGGGGCAUCUCUGAGCAUACAUAGGCUGCAUUUAGAGGAUGUUUACGUGGGUAUCUGCCUAGCAAAGCUGAGGAUAGAUCCGAUGCCACCACCGAAUGAAUUUCUGUUCAAUCACUGGCGAGUGUCUUAUUCCAGCUGCAAGUACAGUCAUCUGAUCACCUCCCAUCAGUUUCAUCCCAAUGAAUUGAUCAAGUACUGGCAGCAUCUUCAGAGCAACAAGCACAAUGCCUGCAUCAACAUGCCAUGGAAGGUUAAGGACAAGAUGAACAAACUUCAGAGAAAACUGCUUUCCACUACAUAGUUGGGACUUUUGGGUGAACCAUAACAAAUCCAAACUGCUUUUCCAAACAUAAACCACACGUUUUAUUUUUUUGAUCGUUUUCAUCUUUAUUAUGGGUUAUGAAUAUUAAUCUACCUACAGCUAAUUAAAACUGGCAUUUAGUAUGAAGUUAUGGUUUAAUCUGUUUGAUCAAAUUUAAAUGGUUUGAAAAUGAUAAAUAAAAACACCACCUGUAAUGCCAAUUUAUAAGUGAAAAUGUACGGCAACAGGAAGAAAUGUUUUUUAAAUAAUCAAUGGCUUCAGACUAAAUGGACCUACAUUUGCUUUAUGGUAAUCAACAAAUUAAAAUAGUGCAGGUGUUGCAUUUGCUUUCUAAUAGAGAGCAAUGAAAGCAUUUUGUAUACAUUAUUCAUUUCACAAGUGGAAACACAACACCAUCUUAUUGACCCACCCACUGCACGAUACACUGUAAAAAAAUGCUGUUUUUUUAUAUACAUACAAAUACAAAAUAAUUCCGAUUUCACAUCGCAAGCUUGAGCAGAACGUAUGCAUAGCGAAAAGCUUUAAAUAGCUUAAAGAAGGGAUCCUCCGAUCAGGAUUUUUGCAGCCGAUACGAAUGACUGAUUUGUUAUCUUCGUGAUCUGCCGAUACCGAUUUUUUCAAGCUGAUAUGCAAGCUCUUUGAUGACUGUAACGGUUAACAUUUUUUCUAGAUAAAGUAAUCCACAGAUGUUGCCUUUGUUAUAUUACUUGCAGUGAUUAGGUAUAUUAUUGUUUUAAUAGAGAAUCAAAUAAAUAAGCUCAACAAAUAUUUCUUUUGCAUAGAGAUAUUUAAUACCUCUGGUAAAAGGUUUGUGAUUUUAAGUGAUAAAAAUAAAACACUAAAGUCUUUACUAUAUGAAUUAAAUAUACACGCAUUCUUAUGAAUUAUAACAGUUCCUUAGUGAAGAGCAGAGAGUGAUUUUAUUGAAAGAUAAAUUAGGUUACUUUAGCUUUAAGAUGUGAGAGAGAUCGCUCUGUACACGUGCACUGAUGACAGACUGCUGUGUGCGCGAGCGUGGGUGUAUGCGGACAAGAGCAGCUGUGAGGAAAAAGAAAGUUUAAACGUUCAAAACUUUAAAACGCAUGCAAAUAAUAAACUUUUGGCAUGAGGAUGCAAUUGUCCACGAUAGAUGCGUGUUGUAUACGCUGUUUGAUGGGGAUGUGAAGACGCGUUGCGCUGUUGACCUGAGCGCGUCCUCAUAGAAAAUACACAUAUCUCUGUAAAGGCAGAGAGAUACAAAUACAAAUCUGCAUGUCGCACCUGAACAACAGGUUAUAAAAAUGCUUGCACUAC